AUGGGCCUCUCCACGCGCACUUUUCCGGCCGGAAACGAAUGGGAGGCCGAAUUCUCUCGCGGCCCCGUCUCUGGUCUUCUGCUUUUCCAUCCCUCCACUGUUAUCUAUCAGCCCAUUUCCGAAUGGUUUGCUAACACUAUGGCGCACGCAACCUCUUCCCCAGCUGUGCAGCCUCCCGCCCCAGCCUGGGUCCAUGUGGCCGGGAGCCCAGCCGUGGCACCGGCAGGAAGCGGCGAAACCUCGCCUCUGAACGACGCUGACCGUGCCGAUGCAGAUGAGACGGCACCUCCAGCAGCGAAGCGGAGAAGGGAAGACAAAGAGAGGACCAGAGUUAGUCGCGCAUGCGAUCGAUGUAAAAAGAAGAAAACACGAUGCUCUGGGCGUUGCCCUUGUGCACUGUGUCUGAAGACGGGACUUCCAUGCGAAUUCACCGCUGCAUACACAAGAGGCAGACUGCCAUCCGUGAUUGUAGACGAGAAUGCAAUUGCAGCAACCCCAAGCACACGCCCACGCGUUUCUAUGCCAGCAACUAUUCCGGUAUCAGUACAGGAACAAACACCACCCAUUCCGCCAUCACCAUCAUUUCAGUUGCCAAAACCCAUUGUACUGCCGCCCAUGAAUCUUCCUAGCCCGGGCGAUAUCUUCUCGAGAGACCGCCUCACUGUUCCAAACAUUGAAGAUCUGGACCGGUCGCGUGAUCCUCCUUCUCGCACCUCCCCUGAACCUCCUCAGACUGACCUUCAAGGACACUAUGUCGGCCCGGCUUCAGGAGUGUCCUUUCUUCUUCGUAUUCAAAAGCGCCUGCAUCAGAACAGCUCGCACUCUCAUGACUCUUCCAUCUUCACUUUUGGCGAUGCUCCGCUUCCUGAGUUUGACCCUACUUUCUUCGUCUUACCCCCGAAGGAUGAUGCGCGAAAAUUAGUUGCGCGAUACUUUGAUUUCGCAGCGCCUACUCAUCGCUUUCUUCAUCGGCCCAGUAUCGAAAAGCUGCUAGAUGAGUUCUACGAGACGCAGGGUAAUAUGAGAAGUAAAGAGGAUGCCCCAUCCAAAACAGCAUUGCUGUUAGUAGUCAUGGCGCAAGCCAAAGCCUACAGUGCCAACGAUACCUUGCCCAACGAUCAUAGUGCGCGUUAUUACGCAGCAUCCGAACAUCAGCUCUCAAAAGAGCGGGGGGCUGUCCGACUUGCCAGUGUUCAGGCAAGAUUAGGCCAAUGUUUCUAUCUUUUGAGUCAAUCCCGAGUGAACCACUGUUGGAGUCUCUUCGGCACCAUGGCCCAUCUGGCAUUCGCGAUCGGUCUCAAUCGCGGCAGAAGAAGUGAGCCCUCAGGGACCGUCGAUUACAUUGAGGUGGAAAGCCGAAGACGUUGUUUCUGGAUCGCCUAUGUGCUCGAUAAAUACCUGGCAGCCGCUCUGGGAAGACCACGAACUUUCAAAGACGAAGACAUUGAUCAGGAAUUCCCCACUAUUGUCCACGACAACGAUCUCCUGUGUAAUUCUAUCACCCCGGCGCCAUUAAACGGGUACGAAAUUCCUUUGUCCAUGGCCCCUAUAGAACAUGUAAAAAUAUCUCGCAUAAUAGCCCAAGUUCUCAAAGACCUCUACGCUAUCAACCCGCCACCAACCCCUUCUCAACGCCUCGCCCUAUCCGCAAAACACAUGUCCUCGCUGCGAGACUGGCGAGCCAACCUAACCCGCUUCCUUGAUACCUCCGAAACCCCAUCAUCAGUUCUAAUCCCCAUCUACCAACGUCAACGCAAUGUCCUCAACCUGGCCUACUUCCAUGCCGUCAUCCUCAUCAACCGCCCCUUCCUCCUCUCCAACUUCGCAAACCUCACCCGCAAAGAAGGUCCGAUCUGCGGCCCAAGCGCAGACACCAAAGAAAACGUCCAAGCCUGUCUCGACGCCGCAAUGGGCAUCGUCCACGUCAUCGACGAUUACAGUGCUAGCGGCAUGCAGCUCGUCCGCGCCUUCUGGUUCACGCAAUACUACGCUUUCUGCGCCGUCGUUGUCCUCUACGUCUACCGCAUCCAGCAGGGCAUCGUGGACCCCGGGAAAUGCCAGGGCUAUUUCACAGCCGGCCAACGCACCCAAGGCGUUCUGGAAAACAUCUCCGAAAGCGACUGUCUCUCCAAACGCUACUGUCUCGUCCUCGAGGAACUCAGACUCGAAGCAGCUAGACAUCGCGCCUCUACAUCUUCCAUCCCCUCCUCCAUCAACAACGGCAUCAACGCAGCUACAGCCCCCGACCCAUCGUCUUCCUCUUCCCUCGACCCCAUCUCCGCCCUCUCCCCAGCGAUCCCCCCGAUCCUGCCUCCCCCCCAUAACUCGAACCUCGGGAUCCCCGCUCCUGCAGCAUCCCCUUCCAACGGUCCAGCCCCUCAACGCGACGUCCCCAGCCCUGGCUUAUUCUACAGCACCACCUCGGCCGGCGCUGGUCUGCCGACCCCGGAAAGCGCCCUCUUCGGCACCGACUUCAUGAGCCCGGAUAGCAUCAUGGCGGAUCUGACGGGGUGGGGCCAGUUCGAUAGUCUGGUCACCGCGGGCAUCGGCAUGAUGGAUGGCGUUGGGGGGUUUCCCGGUAGCGUCGGCGGAGGGGGAGGCAGUGCAGAUACGGGCAUGGGAUUUGGGUUUGGCUGAAUCAUGUCCUGUAAAAAGUUUUUGUCUAAGCUUUUUUUUAAUGGAAGUUACAGUGUUUCCUACACAAAGUUCUUUUUUUUUUGU